AGCACCCAGCGCGAGACAGAACCCGCUGAGGGACGGCAACAGGCCCGCGUCACAGGCUGAGAGGAGGGCAGUGGGAUUAGUGCUGAGCUGCGCUUCCCCUUCCGGUUCACCCGGGAAAGGAACCGGAAGCUUCUUUUAGAGGCGACUCCGCUGAGUGAAACCUAACAGAGCCGGCGGUGGCGGUUCCUCCUUCGCCGUGAGCGGCCGCUUGCUGGACCCUCCCCCCGGUCCCGGCAGCCGCUUCUGCUCUGGCCCCUUCCCAUGUUCAGGGAAAGCGGGUUGGUAGCAGCCCCGUCUCGUUCCCGCGCCAGGAGCCGCCGCCGCCCCGUCAUGUCUGAGCUGAGCCAAGAGCUCGUCCACCUGGUGUGGGGCAAGAAAGCCGGGCCCGGCGGGCUCGCUGACACCAUCUUCUGCCGCUGGGCGCAAGGGUUUGUGUAUAGUGAAUCUGAAUCAACUGCAUUAGAACAAUUUGAAGGUGGCCCUUGUGCGGUGAUUGCACCCGUUCAGGCAUUCCUUUUGAAGAAGCUUUUCACCUGUGAGAAGUCUGCUUGGAGAGAGUGUCAAGAGGAAGAACAGAAGAACCUUCUUUGUCAUACGUUAUGUGACAUUUUAGAGAUGGCUUGCUCUGAUAAUUCUGAAUCGUACUCUUUGGCAACAUGGAUAAGAGGAAAAACAACUGAAGAAACUGCUAGUAUUUCUGAGAGUCCUGUCGAGUCAAGUCAUCAGGAGGAACAACCCUCUGCCUUGGCUGCCGAAGAGCUUGGCUUUGAGCGAUUUCAUGCAUUAAUUCACAAGCAAUCAUUCCAAAGCUUUCCAGAACUAAAGGAUGCCAUGUGGGAUCAGUAUUCAGUGUGGACAAAUAAAUUUGGAGUAUUGCUCUUUCUGUAUUCUGUGAUAUUGACAAAGGGUAUCGAAAACAUAAAAAAUGAAAUUGAAGAUUCCACAGAGCCAUUGAUAGAUCCUGUUUAUGGCCAUGGGAGCCAAAGCUUAAUUAACCUCUUGUUGACGGGGCAUGCAGUUUCUAAUGUGUGGGAUGGAGAUCGAGAAUGUUCAGGAAUGAAACUACUUGGUAUACGUAAACAGGCAACUGUAGGUUUUUUGACAUUAAUGGAAUCCCUAAGAUACUGUAAGGUUGGCUCCUACUUGAAAUCUCCAAAGUUUCCUAUUUGGAUACUUGGCAGUGAAACACAUCUCACUGUACAUUUUAGUACAGAUUUGGCCCUUGUUGCCCCUGAAGCUCCUUCAGAACAAGCCAGAAGAGUUUUUCAAACAUAUGACCCAGAAGAUAAUGGAUUUAUACCUGAUACCCUUCUAGAAGAUGUAAUGAAGGCUUUGGAUCUUGUAUCAGAUCCUGAAUAUGUAAAUCUCAUGAAGACCAAAUUAGACCCAGAAGGACUAGGAAUCAUAUUACUGGGUCCCUUUCUGCAAGAAUUUUUCCCUGAGCAGGACUCCAGGGUUCCAGAGUCAUUCAGUGUAUAUCACUACAAUGGAUUAAAGCAGUCCAAUUAUAAUGAAAAGGUCAUGUAUGUAGAAGGCACAGCAGUUAUUAUGGGCUUUGAAGAUCCAAUGCUACAGACUGAUGAUACUCCAAUAAAGCGCUGUUUGCAAACCAAAUGGCCAUAUAUAGAAUUACUCUGGACCACAGAUCGAUCUCCUUCAUUAAAUUGAUGUGUUUAGAAAAAAUACUAUACUACUGUCUAAUGCUUUACUGGGGGAUCAAGAAUUGGCAUUUGCUGAAAGCAGUAUACUUGACUGUAUGAAGCUGUACACUGGUAUCAUUGAUAAAUUGUAAAUAAUGAUUACAAACACUUUUCAGUGUUAAUUGAAAUACUUAAUUUUUUUAACCAGAUAGAUUUCUCUUUAUAAUAGUUUGUCAUUUUUUGGCCAUUGUGGUAGUAUUGUGAGUUCUGUUCUUAAAAAAGCCUACUUAUAUCAUCUAAAUUUGCCAUCUCAUAAAGAUUUGAAAAAUGUCUAAUACUGCAGUAUCUGCAUGUUAGGUAUCAAAUUAAUCUUUCAACUGUAAAAUCAUUCUCUGUUUGCUUCCUCUUGAAUCUUUUGGGCACGUUUUGUUAUUUAAAUUAUACUGGCUUACGUUACAGUAUCAUAAUUUGUGGUCUGGACUGGCCUUGCACUGAAUGUUUAAAAGACCUUAAACUCUGUGCAAUUUUUUCUAAAAUUUGGCUCUAACUAACUUUUACAAAAAUGGUAAAAUUAGGAAUAAUUUCCAGGCUCUUACCACUUAAUAUAAACCAUAAAAGCAGCUUCUAGGCGGUUGUAUAUUGCUAUGGCUUAGCUAUCUGGCAUGUUAAAAGUGAAGACAGAGUAUGAGGAAAAAUAAGUGUAUUAAUAUUUAUUCAAAGUUGUAUAAAGGAAAUGUAAAAAAUCAACAGCAGGAAGAAUUUGUUCUAUAAUCUUUAAAUUGUUCAGAUGUAUAGUAUUGCCAAAUACCUCUUCUCAAUUUGUCCAAACAACAAUGUAAGCCAGCUUUAUUGUAUGUGUUAAGUGCAUGAGAACAUCUGUUAUUACAUGAGUAUAGUAUAUGCCUUUAUUUAUUAUCUAGUUGUUAGCCCUAAAUAAAACCUUUUCCCUGAACUAUGA